GAGCGUUAAAACUCUCUCAAAUUUUGUUCCGUUUUCAUUUAAGUGUAUUGUUGCAGACCUUGCUGUUGAGUUUCUAAACAAAGUGUUUCAUCUUAGCCUUUAACCAUGUUGCAUAAACCCUAAACCCUUUUGAUCCAGCAACAAUCAUCUACAAAUGGGUUUAAUCAGUAGACUCUCAAGAACCCGAAGAUUAAUCAAACAAUUUCAUACCCUAAAAUACCCAGUAAUCUCUUCAACAAGAAUACCCAACAAUGAUGUAGAGAGUAGAUUGAAAUUAACCAGUUCAUAUUGUUCAAAAUCUAGGAAUUCCCAGAAAGAUAAUGACCUAGAUUUGAGUCAAUACCCACCUGAAAAAAUUCGCAAUUUUUCGAUUAUUGCUCAUGUUGAUCAUGGUAAAUCAACCCUUGCUGACCGAUUGUUGGAGCUUACUGGGACUAUUAGGAAAGGCCAUGGUCAACCUCAGUACCUUGACAAGCUUCAGGUGGAGAGAGAAAGAGGGAUUACUGUUAAAGCUCAGACUGCUACUAUGUUCUACAAGUAUGACCCUGAGAUAGCAACACGUGCCAGUACAGAAGACCCCUCAAAUUUUUUACUAAAUUUGAUUGAUACACCUGGUCAUGUUGAUUUUAGCUAUGAGGUAUCUAGAUCGUUAGCUGCUUGCCAAGGGGCUCUCUUAGUUGUUGAUGCUGCUCAAGGUGUUCAAGCACAGACUGUUGCCAACUUUUAUCUAGCUUUUGAGUCAAAUCUGUCUAUAAUCCCUGUCAUAAACAAAAUUGAUCAACCUACAGCUGAUCCUGACCGUGUUAUGGCCCAGCUUAAGUCCAUGUUUGAUCUGGAACCAAAAGAUACCCUCCUCACGUCUGCUAAAACAGGGCAGGGUCUUGAGCACAUCCUUCCUGCAGUGAUAGAACGGAUUCCCCCUCCCCCUGGAAAGGCUGGCUCUCCGUUACGUAUGCUUUUGUUGGAUUCAUAUUAUGAUGAAUACAAAGGAGUUAUAUGUCAUGUGGCUAUAGUUGACGGCACAUUGCGCAAAGGAGACAAGAUUUCAUCUGUUGCAACUGGACAAACUUAUGAAGUUUCAGAUGUUGGGUUCAUGCAUCCUGAGCUAGUUCCUACUGGAAUGCUUUUCACUGGCCAAGUGGGUUAUGUGGUCAGUGGCAUGCGUUCUACUAAAGAGGCACGUAUUGGUGAUACCUUGUUUCAUGUUCGCACUGUUGUUGAGCCUCUUCCAGGUUUCAAGCCUGCAAGACAUAUGGUGUUCUCUGGUUUAUAUCCUGCUGAUGGAUCAGAUUUUGAAGCACUUAGUCACGCAAUUGAGAGGCUAACAUGUAAUGAUGCCAGUGUUUGUGUCUCAAAAGAAACUAGCAUGGCACUUGGCCUAGGUUUCAGGUGUGGUUUCUUAGGUUUACUUCACAUGGAUGUUUUCCAUCAACGCCUUGAGCAGGAAUAUGGAGCUCACAUAAUAUCCACUGUUCCAACAGUGCCAUAUAUAUUUGAAUAUUCUGAUGGAAGCAAAAUUGAAGUCCAAAAUCCCGCUUCUUUGCCGUCGGAUCCCAAGAAACGAGUGACAUCUUGUUGGGAACCUACCGUUAUAGCGACCAUUAUAAUUCCUAGUGAGUAUAUUGGGCCUGUUAUGACCCUUUGCUCUGAUCGUAGGGGAGUGCAGCUCGAAUACUCCUUUAUAGAUAGUCAAAGGGCGUUGAUGAAGUACCGAUUACCAUUGCGAGAAAUGGUUGUUGAUUUUUAUGAUCAGCUAAAAAGCAUUACCUCAGGAUAUGCUUCGUUUGACUAUGAAGAUUCAGAGUAUCAAGCCUCUGAUUUGGUAAAACUUGAUAUUCUUUUGAAUGGACAACCAGUUGAUGCAAUGGCAACUAUUAUCCAUACUUUGAAAGCACAACGUGUGGGUCGGCUAUUGGUGGAGAAGUUAAAGAAAUCCAUAGACAGGCAAAUGUUUGAAAUAACAAUUCAAGCUGCAAUUGGUACGAAGGUUGUUGCAAGAGAGACGUUAACUGCUUUGAGGAAAAACGUGCUAGCCAAAUGUUAUGGUGGUGAUGUUUCACGAAAGAGAAAGCUAUUAGAUAAGCAAAAGGAAGGAAAGAAACGAAUGAAGCGUGUUGGUUCAGUCGAUGUACCACAGGAAGCAUUCCAUGAGCUCUUGAAGGUAGCAUAGAGGAAAGGAAGGUGCUUCCAAAGAGUUAAAAGUGCAAUUCAAAUCAGUAAAGUUUCUGUAUCAUUAAUUUUCUCGUCUUUAUUUAACUAAUAAAACUUUUUUUGUUAUCGUCUUAUAAUUGUAGAAUUAUAUUUAUUACUAAUAAUUGUUGAUUCAAUAACUGCUGUUGUCAAUUCUUUGAAAUUUGGCCCUUCAAUUUUUUUGUUGAAGGACCGAAUUUUAAUUUGUUAGUCGUGUGCCUUUUGUCAUAUAUGGAACCAUCUUUGUUGCUAUACAUAUGUUUCAUCUGCAGCUUAGAUAAUAAGAUGUGACCUGAAUAGCAAGGGUUUACACUGAAAAUCCAACAGUUAGAAGUUUUACUGCUAUUAUUAUCAAGCUCGUGAACAUUUUCUGGUGCUGUUUAGAGGUGAACAUGUUGUAUGAGUACAUAGUCUAUUGCAUUGGACAUAAUAAUAUGUUGAUGUGCUCAGUAGCUGAAUCUGGAAUGAAGUCUUGUAAGUUGUAGAUUAAGUUGCCGCACUUAAUACUUAUGGUUUCUCUUGCCAUAAAAGAACUUCCAGACAUAUACUGGUAAUAGCACUGGACUAUAGUACAAGCCAAUGUACAUGAUAAUGUAACCAUAACCCAAGUAUCCUUGAAUUAUGUUGUUUUUUCGUA